AUGAAACCUUGGGCUUGUCGGAGGUGCAGGCAACUCGUCGAUUUUACAAGUCUUCCUGCCGAAAAGUUCGAGGGCAGCCCGUUCAGGGUCUGCAUCGUGGGCGCCGGGAUUGGCGGCGCCUCGGCCGCGUAUUUUCUCCGUAAUGUCUCCCGCGCGCUUGAAUCAACCGCUCAGCCUUCCCUUCCGGAACUCGACAUUCACGUGUUUGAGCGCGCGGGGAGGGUGGGCGGGCGGGCGCUGCUGUUGAAGGUGCCGUUGGGGGAAAAUUCAAAGGGAGAGCAGGCGGAGGGCGAUGUGGUGGAGGUGGAAGCUGGUGCGAGCAUUAUCCACGGGAAGAACCUGCACCUGGAGUGGAGGCUGGGCGACGGGGCGGUGAUGCGGUGGGUGGCGGACCUGGUGAACGGCGCGCGCAUGGCGGUGCGCUACUCGCUGGCGGGGCUGAUAGGCAUGCGCGCGUUCGUGGCGGACAUGCUGGCGCGGUGGAUGCGGCUGUACGAUGAAGAAAAGGAGGGCGGAGAGGCGUUUGAGAGGCCGGAGGAGCUGCUGCGGUCGCUGGGGCUGCUGGAGCUGACUACGGUGACGCUGAGCGAUGCUCUGCUGGAGAAGGGGCUGCCUGCCGUGCUCGUUACCGAGCUUGUCACGAUGAUCACUCGAGUGCAGUACGGGCAGAACGCAACAAUUUCAGGGCUGCCCGGAGCAGUGGGGCUGUGCGGGACGGGCAGCGAGCUGUGGAAAGUGCGAGGAGGCAACUGGCAGCUGGCUGAGGGCGCAAUCCGCCUGGCAAACGCAUCGCUGCACCUGCACUCGCGCGUUGCCCGCAUUACACAGCGCACGGAGGGCGCAGCGGGUGGUGGUUAUGUGCUUCACAUGCAGCCAAAGGACGGGAAGCAGGGCAAGGCGGCUGGAGGGGAGCAUAGAGGUGAAGGACGAGGUGAUGGUGCUGGCGGUAGUGGUGCUUCUGAUGGUGCUGAUGGUGCCGAUGGUGGUGGUGGUGGUGGAGAUGAGGGGGUGUAUUGUGAUUCUGUGAUCGUCGCAACCCCAAUGGAGCAGAGCGGCAUUGCCAUUCACCCUGUGCCGACUGUCCUGCCUCUGCGCACAUACCAGCACACGCACGUGACCUUUGUGCGUGCAACACUCAACCACACCUACUUCGGAGCAGCAGACCAACCGUCCCUGCCAGGGCUGAUAGGGACGUUGGAGAAUGAAGGCAUUCCCUUCAGCAGCAUCAGCCGAGUGGCCCCCGGGGCACCAGAUGGCAGCAGUGUGUUCAAGGUGUUCUCACGGCAACGCCUAUCCGACACCACCCUCGACAUGCUUUUCAGGAACCGCUCGUUCACGAGGAGCAUUGACUGGCCUGCAUACCCGCACUACGUGCCGCCCGAUGCCUUUGCGCCCUUCCUCCUGGACGACCACCAUCUGUACUACACCAGCACGUUCGAGAGUGCCGCCAGCGCCCUCGAAACUGCCGCCGUGGCGGCGAAAAACGUCGCUCAGCUGCUGCUGACCCGGCUCCAGAAGAAGCAGCAGGAUUUCCCGGUCGGAAGGGGUGGUAGUGGCGAUGCGGAGUCUAUGGGCCUGGCUUCACCUGUGGAAGGUGCUCAAGGGAUGAACGACGAGCUUUAA